CAGGGAGGGAGUUGCUUUCCGGUAAUAGCAAAGGAACGUGAUACUGAAUGAAAGCGCACCAACAGCAUCUUCAUUAGUCGGAGCCUGACUCUUUCUGCUUAAUGUUGGUUUCUUUGUCAUCAGGUCUGCUAAAAAAUGACAGAAUAUAAACUUGUUGUCGUUGGAGCUGGUGGUGUAGGCAAGAGCGCCUUGACAAUACAGCUAAUUCAGAAUCACUUUGUGGAUGAAUAUGACCCUACAAUAGAGGAUUCCUACAGGAAGCAAGUAGUAAUCGAUGGAGAAACAUGUCUCUUGGAUAUUCUUGAUACAGCAGGUCAAGAAGAAUACAGUGCAAUGAGGGACCAAUAUAUGAGAACAGGAGAAGGGUUCCUGUGUGUAUUUGCUAUAAACAAUACGAAGUCUUUUGAAGAUAUUCACCAUUAUAGGGAACAAAUAAAGAGAGUUAAAGACUCUGAAGAUGUCCCCAUGGUGCUAGUAGGAAACAAAUGUGAUUUGCCUUCCAGAACAGUAGAUACAAAACAAGCUCAGGAUUUAGCAAGAAGUUAUGGAAUUCCUUUCAUUGAAACAUCAGCAAAGACAAGACAGGGUGUUGAUGAUGCCUUCUAUACGUUAGUUCGAGAAAUCAGAAAACACAAAGAGAAGAUGAGCAAAGAUGGUAAAAAGAAGAAAAAGAAGACAAAGACAAAGUGUAUAAUUAUGUAAAUACCGUUUAUGCUUAUUCUUAAGAAGUACUUAAGUAAUUUUUGUACAUUACACUAAAUUAUUAGCAUUUGUUUUAGCAUUACGUUACUUUCUGCUUCAUGAUCCUGUUAGCUUUACCUGAAUGCUUGUUUUAAAUGACAGUGGAAACUUCAUUCCUCUUAAAGUGCCAGUAUUCUUUGACUGUUGGUUCUUGAACUAGCAAUGCCUGUGAAAAAAAGCAACAAAAAAAAAACACACACAAAAACCUGAGAACUGUCUUAGGAUUCUUUGGUGCAUGCACAGUUGCUAACUUCCUAUUUUUCUUACUGAUUGUGAACUGUUCUGUGUGCAAACCAAACAAUGAAACGAUGCGCUACACAUUCUAACAUCCCCUUUAAUUUUCUGGUUUUUAAACCUGGUUGGGAAAAAGGACUAGUUAGCAAAAGAGACUUUCAUUUCAGCCUUUCUUUUUAUUUUAGACUGACUGCAAUAUAGAAAGACCAGAAGCCUUUAUAGUCUUCCUGUAGAUUUUGCUUCUAGGCAUCUAGUCUUGUAGCAUUUCAAAUCAACUUUAAUGAAUGUAAAGAUAAAAUUUUCACAAAAAAAAUUUUUCACCGCAAUUUGUCACGGUCACUCCUUAAAUACUCUAUUUUUUCUAUAAAAAAAGAAAAAUUA